CUGUGUCUCUCGCGCCGCCGUAGCACUGAUAAACAUUGACAAGCAGCUGUUCCUUCGUGUUACUCAGCUCACAUGUGGAGGCUGAAUCUGAACCACUGAGUGCACGAUGGAGCCCGUUAUUAAAAUAAACCCCGGAGCGUCGAAAUGGGACAUUCGUCAGAGAGUUUGGGACUACAUCGAGGAGAAGAACCUGGCCAAUUUUCCGAGGCCUGUUCACAACAGGAUCCCGAAUUUCAAGGGUGCAAAUCAAGCAUGCAACAGACUUGCAGACCUGCAGGAGUUCAAGUCCAGCCACACAGUCAAAGUAAACCCAGACAGACCGCAGCAGCAGGCACGCUUUGCCACUUUGGAAGCACAGAAAACUUUACUGGUCCCUACUCCUCGUCUACGCACUGGUCUUUUCAAUAAGAUUACUCCUCCUCAGGGGGCCACCAAAGAACAGCUGCGCAUAUGCUCUUCCUCUCAGGGUGUCAGAGACUUCAGCGUUCCUGUCGGGCUAGAUGCAAAGGUGAAGGUAGAUCUGGUGGUGGUUGGCUCUGUGGCCGUGUCAGAAAAAGGCUUUCGUAUUGGAAAAGGCGAGGGUUACGCCGACAUGGAGUACGGCAUGAUGGCUUCAAUGGAAGCGGUGAAUGAGUCGACUGUGGUGGUCACUGUUGUCCACGACUGUCAGGUGGUGAACAUCCCAGAGGAGCUGAUCGAGAGUCAUGACCUGACUGUGGACUACAUCCUCACGCCCACCAGAGUGAUCAAGACUGACUGUGAGUUACCCAAACCACAAGGAAUCAUCUGGACUAAGCUGGACAUGGAAAAACUGGAGAAGAUCCCCAUCCUAAAGACACUGCGUGCUCUGGAGGAGCAGGCUGGAAAGGAUGUAACACUGGGGGCGGCGCUUGAUGCAGCAGCAGAGCCUGCUCUGCAUGCCGCGCAACCCAAAAGGCAAACCAGACGGAGGCCGAAGCGGAACACGCAGCAGGAUGCCGAGGGAGAAUCCAAACAGUCCCCACCCAGAGGAGAGGGACAGCAGAAAGGUAGACUGCGUCCGGCCAGGGUGAGGAAAGCAAGCAGAGGCGAUGACAAAGGAGGUGACGAGAGCGAAAUCGGAGAAAAACGAAAGGUAAAAAGUGGACGCAACAUGAGGGAGAAAGGCCCAGAGGAGAAGAGUGGCGAAGUGACGUCCCAACGUAAAAUCCCUGCGACUGUGACCACAGUUUACCUGGGAGGAAUCCCCACCGGAGUCCGUGUUAGCGAGCUGAAAACUGCCCUCAGAGAGCGGGAGGCUCCUCCACUGAGGCUCACCUGGCAGGGAGCUCAACACAGGGCCUUCCUUGACUACAACGACCCCGAGGCUGCAGAAAAAGCCCUGGAGGCUCUGCAGGGUCUCAGUCUGAAUGGUCAGAGUCUCCAGGCCGAACUGGCCAAGAGUCAACGCGGUGGCAAGAGGUCCGGAGAGUCCAACCGGAGACCAAGACCCUCACCAGCCCUGAAACCUAAAACGUCAACAUCCACGGACGACGCGGCCGAGACGACUGAGCAGUAAAAAAAAAAAACCAGUCGAGCAGCCUUGAACAACCUUCAGAAGAGUUAUUUGUGUUUUUAUUAUUUAUGUAGGUUCAGUCACAAGAUGACCCUCUCUUAUUUGGCCCAUAAACAUCUAAAGUGAGUGCUAAUAAUAUCAUUAAAACUACACAGCAACUGCAAAUGUAGAAAUAUAUAAAAGCAGCGUCAGGUCAUGCAGGAUUUCAUUUCAUAUACAUUUUCACCGUAUUUAACCCAGACACACGUAACAGUAUGUGCCUUAUUCUAUUUAACCCUCUGCUCUGUGUGUCCGUUAGAGGUCACGAGCCAGAGAAAGCUUUUUUCCAGGUAGCGCCACCUAGUGGACAUUUACACAAUUUUCACAAUCCUUUAUAUUUUAAUACGCCACAGUUUUUGACCGCAGUGUUUUGCAAAACAUUUUUUUAACCACUCAGAAAUUGUGAUUCUGUUUUUACAUUUAAAACUCAAAUUUCUGUUAUUUCUAAAUUUGACUAGAGAAUAUUUGACGUAAAAAAGCCAUAAUUAAACUGUGAUGAUCUUGAAGCAAUAACCAGUAAAACCUUUUGCAUGUUACCUGUAAAAAUUAACUCUUGGAAUGCAGGUUAUGUACUUAAAGUAAAUCUAAAGUUUUAAUUUAUACAUAUGGCAUUUCAAAGUGAGGGGCCUUUGAUUUCUAAUAGUUUUCUUAUUUGCAAGUAUACAACCCUACAACUUAUUUCAGGUUAUGAUAAAAUGUUCAUAUCAGUUCAUGUUGAUAAUUAUCAUAGUAAAUGUCAGUUAACACAAAUUUAAGAACACCUUAAUUCAAAGCAGUUGUUGUGUGCUGUAUCUCUGUGUGUUUGUUUAAUACAUAAUUAUAUAGGGUUUCAAUCUUAGUGAUAUUGAAAAAAAAAAACACCUUUAUUGUCCAGACCUACCUUUUCACUUUUUACCUUUUUUUUGUGUGUGUGUGGCCGGCGUCACCACAUAAUAAAUAAGAGAUGGUUGAAUGGACUGUUAAACUCUUUAUGCAUCUGUUUGUAACACAGUUCACUAAAGCGAUCGACUGAA